AUGGCUUCUCAAGAAAUUACGCACCCAACAAUCGUUGAUGGCUGGUUCAGAGAAAUUUCUGACACCAUGUGGCCAGGUCAAGCAAUGACUUUAAAGGUCGAAAAAGUCUUACAUCACGAAAAAUCUAAAUAUCAAGAUGUCUUAAUCUUCAAAUCUACCACUUAUGGUAACGUUUUAGUCUUAGAUAACGUUAUCCAAGCUACCGAACGUGAUGAAUUCUCUUAUCAAGAAAUGAUUACUCAUUUGGCUAUGAACUCUCAUCCAAAUCCAAAGAAAGUUCUUGUCAUUGGUGGUGGUGAUGGUGGUGUCCUAAGAGAAGUCGUCAAACAUGAAUCUGUCGAAGAAGCAGUCUUAUGUGAUAUUGAUGAAGCUGUCAUUAGAUUAUCUAAAGAGUAUCUACCAGAAAUGGCCAAAUCCUAUUCUCAUCCAAAGGUUAAGACUCACAUCGGUGAUGGAUUCCAAUUCUUAAGAGAUUAUCAAAACACUUUUGAUGUUAUCAUCACUGAUUCAUCUGAUCCAGAAGGCCCAGCUGAAACUUUAUUCCAAAAAUCAUAUUUCGAAUUGUUGAAUGGUGCUUUGACUGAAAAGGGUGUCAUUACUACCCAAGCUGAAAAUAUGUGGAUCCAUUUACCUGUCAUUAAGGACUUGAAAAAAGCUUGUUCUGAAGUUUUCCCAGUUGCUGAAUAUGCUUACACUACUAUCCCAACUUAUCCAUCUGGUUCUAUUGGGUUUAUGGUUUGUUCUAAGGACAAAGACUGUAAUGUUAAGAAACCAUUGCGUGAAAUCUCUGAUGAAGAUGAAGAAAAAUUAUACAGAUACUAUAACAAGAGAAUCCAUGAAGCUUCAUUCGUUCUACCAACUUGGGUCACCAAGGAAUUGAGAUAA